GUGAGUGGCACAGAAGGACAGAAGGACCGUCUUGUCUCCUCGUCUCAAACACAUUUCCUCGGGACAUCCUGUCGCUAAGUCUUCUUCCAAACAUCAUCGAUGGGGUUCACAAUGACCAUCACGACCCUGGCAGUGUUAGUGACAUUGACCUUUGGGUCAGCAGCUGACAGCCAGCAAGAGUCAGCUGACGACUGCGCUUUGAAGUCGGACUUGCAAGCCCUGAAUACAACGAUUGCCGGCGACUACGCUUUGAAGUCGACCGUCGGAAAACUUCAAACAGACCUACUCGCCCUCGACACAGAGAUUGAUAAGGACUGCGCUGUGAAGUCAACCGUGACAGCGCACAUGGAGGCCUUGAACACAACCAUUGGUCGUGACGAGAAAGCAGUUUCUUUCCACGCUGUAGGCAAUGCUGAUAUUGAUGAGAAAAGCGUGGUCAAGUUCGAGGAUGUGGUGGAGAACCAUGGCGAUGGCUACGACCCGUCCACCGGCUGCUUCAUGGUGUCUGUGCCCGGUGUCUACAUCCUCUCCUUCACACUCUCCUACCGCAAGAAGGAGCAGGGCCACGCCGACUGGUUGGCUCUGGGCUACUGGUAUAAGAAUUCGUCGUAUCACCUGAUUCUCUACACCUUCCUUCAGACAGACGAGGGUCGGCAAGCAUCACAUGCGUCGUGACCCUUGAACCCGGACAGAUGGUCCAUCUCUACGCCUACGGCAAAAUAUCGGUGGAUGGAAUCUUCUUUGGGCUGCUUAUCAAACGUCUCUAGACAUUACAAUGUCUUUGAGUUAUGAUGUUGUCAUUACAAUGUCUUUUUUUUAAUAUUUAACAUUUAUUUUCCAUAAUCACACUAUAGACUUAACACGUUAUAUACGUAAACAAUUUGUACUCAUUGCAAGAUAACAAACAGAUAAAGUAAUGCAUGUCAACAUGUAUGUAUACAAGUCACUCUUUGAAUUCUGGACAAGUUGCAUGUUAAGGUGGCCUCUGUUUUCUAAUUCUUUCCUCUUCCAUUUCCAAGUAUGCAUGGAAAAGUUCAAGUUUAUAUCUAUGCUGCAAUAUCCCAAUGAAUGGGGUAUUUUUUUUUAAUUUGUAGAAUUAUAUUAUGAUUUAUCAAGCAGUAAGAUUGAGUCCAGUACAGCAUCUGUCUUCAAGUUAUUACUGCAUCCAAAAAAAACAAUGUAUUCACUUAAAAUCAUCUUUGUCACAAUCCCACAGCUGUUUGACAGGUCAUUUUGAAAGUUUUGCCGGAAAUCUUGGGUUUAUUUACAUCUACAGUCAUCACAAACAUCGUCCUUCUUUAGCCCCAUGGUAAAUAAAGUUAUUUUUGUCCCCAGUAUUCUAUUCGUGACUCUGGUUCGAAGCCAUUUCAAUCUAAUAUCUUUAACUACUUUUCUGAAGAUAAUGUACAUUUUACAUACAUAUAAUUAUCACUUCUUUUAGUAAUGUCACCCUACACACCUCAUCGUGUGCAACAAUAUGUUAUGUUCGUCUUACCGACGAUCAUCGUAAAUAAACAUCUUUUACCCAGGAAAGGCAA